AGUCUGCGUAUCGAGGUGCUUUAAGGCGACUUUAAGAGAGUGGCGGCUGACCGCCUUUUUAUUUUUGGGCCGAUUCGUGUUUAAUUUUCGGGCCCGGAGGAUGAGCGGUCAGGAGGCGAACGCCGAUUUCCAUGAGCAGCUGCGGCUGCAGCGGCUGCUGGAGGGCGGAGAGGCCGAGGAGGCGUGGGGCCGCUCGAGCACGUUCGUGGACGCGGACGGCACCGAGUUCGAGUGGGACAGGGAGAGGAAAGCCUGGUUCCCCAAGGUAGUACUUAUUAGGAUCCUUAUAACGUUUUGUAUAUCUCCUCUAUUUUAUAUAGCUUCAUUUAUAUUUAAUAAUGCAAAUAUGUCUUUUAAAGGCUGGAUUGACGUUGAGGAGCAGAGGAACACAAAUGUGUAUGUGUCUGGGUUGCCUCCAGACAUAACAAAUGACGAAUUUGUGGAACUCAUGUCAAAAUUUGGAAUCAUUAUGCAAAACCCUGAAACAGAAGAAUACAAGAUUAAAUUAUACAAGGACAAAGAUGGAAAUCUCAAAGGGGAUGGUCUCUGCUGCUACUUGAAGAAAGAAUCUAUCGACCUUGCUGUCAGAUUUUUGGACGAAACUGAAGUGAGGGGAUAUAAGCUACAUGUAGAAGCCGCAAAGUUUGAGAUGAAAGGACAGUAUGAUGCCAGCAAAAAGAAGAAGAAAAGCAAAGAUUACAAGAAGAAGUUGCUUCUGCAGAAAAAGCAGCUGGAUUGGAGACCAGAAAGAAAACCUGGUAGUUCCCGAUUACGAUGUGAACGAGUCGUAAUUCUUAAGAACAUGUUUCAUCCAAAGGACUUUGAGGAGGAUCCAUUGGUUUUGAAUGAGAUCAGAGAUGAUGUUCAACUAGAAUGUGAAAAAUUUGGUCAAGUCAAAAAAGUACUUGUAUUUGAUAGACACCCUUCUGGAGUAGCUUCUGUGGCAUUUAAGGAACCAGAGCAAGCAGAUCAGUGUAUCCUGAUGCUUAAUGGAAGAUGGUUUGGUGGACGCCAGAUAACCGCUGAAACAUGGGAUGGUGUUGUUGAUUAUCAGAUUGAAGAAACUGUAAAAGAAAGAGAAGACCGAUUGAAAUCAUGGGAAUCAUUUUUGGAAAAUGACGUAUCCACAGGCAAGUCUGCUGAUGACCAGAAGCCCACACAGGCAAGCAGCCAAGCAUCGUCAGAAGCCUCAGCUCCCCCAGAGGAUGGCAUGAAAGUAUCUGAGGACAAUAGAAAGCAAUCAGCAGACAGUUUAACACCUUCACAAGAUGAUAAAAAACGAUCAGCGGACACUGUAGCGCCUUCAGAGGACAAUACAAAAACUACAGUGGACAAUGCAGUGAUUUCUGGAGACAGUAAACAACAAGAUGUGAUUGAUUCUAUGUCUGAUGUAGAAAAGGCAGAAGAGAAGUGGAUUGAAGAAAAUUUAUCCACGGAGAGCAGCAUCGAUGGAAGUGAUGAUGAUGCAGAAGAGCAAUGAGUUCUUAUUGGAACCUUGCUUUUAAAUGAUUGCAUACUCCUUUUUAGGUGAAAUAUUGUAGAACGUGGCUGAACAUCAGGUGUGCAAUUUUUUAAUUGUCAAGUUGACUGCUUUAAUUGAAAGAAGCUUCUUUAAUAUAGUUAAUAUUUGGUGUCAAACAUGUAUUUAAGAAUUGUGCCGUUUUAUGCUCAUUUGAGAGAAACCUUUCCCAUUCUAACUCCUCAUCUACUGACUUCAAUAACAGUUCUUCUCUGUUGGAAAUGCAUCCUGGGGUAAAAAUGCAAAUAGUUCUCAAGUUAACAUUUUCUUUGCAGUUUCUUCUUCCUUUUACAAUCCUGCCUAACAAAACACUAUUUUGUCUCUGUUUUGCUUACCAAGCGCCAGCUGUUGUUGGCUAUACUGUUCAAAUCAUAAUGUAUGGAGAAAUUGACAAACUCCAGUCAUGUGAGAUGCUGCAGCAGAGUGCAAAGCUUUCCAUUUGAUAUCUCGCACCAUCUAUCAUUGAUGUUCCUAGUAACAGGAACCAUGAGUGGUAUUUUUCCCUUAACUUUCUCUCUUCCCAUCUUGGCUGUACCUAAACAGUUGAGUUUAUUGAAUUCACAGGGCCACAAAUGUGUAAAAACGAUGGACAGGAGGUAAUCCAUUUAUGCAUUCAGCCUCUCCCACACACCUAUCUUAAUAUAUACACUCAACUAGGUACCUGAAGCCUGUAAUGUUCUGGGAAAGGCAAAAAUGUUAAAACCAUGUUAAUUUAUGAGGGGAAGGGGCUUUCUCAAUGAGGCAACAGAACCUGUUCCUAACCUGAAUGAACAGAAGUGUGAUUGUACACUUUAUGGCUCAAAUUACUUGGAGGGGGAGUUCUGGAAUAUGGUCAAUGCUACAGGCAGCCUACACUUAGGAUUUCUUCUAAAAAUGGUGAAGUUAUUCUCUCUCUAUAAAUGUGCACCAAAGAAACAUCCUGUUUCUUUUAAAAGAUGUGAAUGACCCCUCGAUAUAUUUGGAACAAACUGGAGGUAGCUGAUUUCAUUGGGCAGAACAAACCAUAAUGGCAGUGAACCAUUCCCUAUACUUUGCAUCUUGAGUAUUGUGUGUUGUGUGUAAUCUGAAAUAAAAAAUGGGUGAUAGGCCCUGGUGAUUUAAGUUACUGAAUGAUGCUUAGGAUUUAAAAGUACAUUUGCUUCAUCAAACCUGGAUACAUUUAUUAAAUCAAAAUAUUAAUAUUUGUAAGGUUUCAGAGAUUUGUUGACUUGCUCAGAAACUUCAGGUAGCUGUCUUAUGGACAGGUUCUGUUCUUGCUGUAAAUUCCCCAAACUGUUUGUUUCUCUACAUUUUAUCUGCUUGCAAUCUAUUUAUGUGAUGUGACCAUUUCAUGCAUUGCUUCCCACUUCAGGUUUUUAUAGAACGCCUCUUCUGGGAUGAGUUCUUUAACUAUUUCACUGAGCUGUAGGGUGAAAAUACAUUUAAAGUGACUGUUCUGCAUGUGAUCAGUUUCAAUAAGUUUCAUCAUGGUAUGGUCUAACUCUCAACUUCCUGAAAUAACUCCAGAAAAUGCUAGAAAUACACACCAGGUCUGACUGCAUUUGUGAAGAGAGAGGGGAAAAAAGUCAAUGUUUCUGGUCAUAAGUCAGUCAGAGAUGGCAAGAACUGCAGAUGCUGGAGUCAGAGUCCGCAAUGUGGAGCUGGAGGAACAGCAGGUUGGGCAGGAUCAGGAAAAUUGAUGUUUUGGGUUGGGACCCUUCUUCAGAACUGGGGAAGGGGAAGAGAGCUGGGAAAUAAAUAGAGGGAGGAGAGGUGGGGCUGGGGGAAGGUAGGUGGGAUGGUGAUAGGUGAGUGCAGGUAGGGAGCGGUGGGUUGGUGAGAAAGAAGAUGGAUGGCCUCAGGUCAAGGAGGAUUUCCCACACUUCUGCCCACACACACACACACACACACACACAAAAGACAGAAUCCCCUGGUCCUCACAUACCACCCUGCCAACCUCCACAUCCCGCAUAUCAUCAUCUGCCACAUACAAUCCAACCCUAUGACCCUAUCUCUGCCCCUAUCUGCCUUUUUGCAGGGACUGAUCACUCUGCAACUCCCUUGCCCGCUCUACAUUCCCCACUCAUCCCACCACCCACAGCACCUUUCCUUGAAACUGCAGGAAGUACUACACUGCCCGUACACCUCCCACCUCAUCUCCAUCCAAGGCCCAAAGCAAACUUUCCAUAUCCGACAGGGAUUCAUCUGUAUGUCCUCCAACCUGGUCUACUGUAUCUGUUGCUCCCGAUAUGGCCUCUACAUCAGUGAGACCAAGUGCAGGCUCGGGGACCGUUUCGUGGAGCAUCUGCGCUCUGUACGCAAUAAUCGACAACACCUUCUGGUUGCUAACCAUUUUAACUCCCCCUCCCACUCCCUUGAUAACAUGUCCAUGCUGGGCCUCCUCUAGUGCCACAAUGACACCACACGCAAACUGGAGGAGCAAUACCUCACAUUCCACUUUGGGAGCCCACAGCCUGAUGGCCUGAACAUAGAAUUCACCUGUUCCAAAACCUCUCCACCCCCAACCUCAUCCCACAUCUGAACCUCCCUGUCAUCCCCACCUCUUUGACCUGACACAGCCUAUCAUCUUCCCCACCUAUCUGCCCCAUCCUUCUUGCUUACCAAUCCCUACUACCCCCUCAACCUGCAUCUACCUAUUACCAUCCCACCUCCCCUCCCCUAGUCCCACCUAUCCUCCCUUUCCCUUCGAACUGACACAACCUGUCCAACUUCUCUCCAAUCUUCUCAGACCAAUCCCCACUAUCCCCACUGCCCCCAACCCGUAUCCACCUAUCACCGUCCCCAGCCCCACCCUUCCUCUAUUUAUUUCCCAACUCCCUUCUCCCUCCCCAGUUCUGAAGAAGGGUCACGACCCAAAACGUCAACUUUCCUACCCUUCUGACGCUGCCUGACCUGCUAUGUUCCUCCAGCUCCACACCCUGUUGACAAUGUUUCAGGUUAGUUACACAUCUUCAGUGUUCUCAUGAAGGAUCAGACUGAAAAAGUUAACUCUUGUUUUUCUUUUCGGAUGCAGCUUGAUCUGUAGUGCUUUGACAGCACUUUCUGUUUUUACUUCAGAUUUCCAGGAUUUGCAGUAUUAGUUGCUUGUAUUUUUUUGAAAAAAUGAGCUUCAUAAGUUGUCAUAUUUUCCACUGGAAUAAAAUUGUACUGAAGAGGUUCUCAACAAA